ACUCAACGUCCAACGACGACGACGAGCACGACGGUCGCACAGCUGUUCGCCUGGACUAAAUAACAGAAGACGAUGUAUCGAUACAUCGAUAGUACAUAUCCCUAAUUGAGUUGAAUUUGGUCUACGUGUGAACAGCUGUUUUUUGGUGUAAAUAGUCUGGCCGUGAGUGCGAAUGAAAAAGAAAGCAGCUGGGUGCGUUAAAGCACAAGCCACAAUCACAAUCACAAUAUUGCUCAACAUAAAUUAAAGGAAAAAGAAAAGAAAAAAAAGACGCCAAAAAUAAUAAAAACAAACAAUUGAACGCGUUGCGGAUGUUGCGCGUGCGAUUGAUUGAAUACAGCUCGCGCAAAAUUAACAAUUGCAAAGUGUGGCAGACGCUGCUGAAGCUCUGACGCUGGCAAAUCGUUCCAAAAGUUGAGCCGAGCAGCGAACGGUCAACGUCACCGAACUUGUAAUUGGUUCCAACAAAAGCAAUUUCGUGCAUUUGGCUAUGCAUUACUAAGCGCAAUAAACUCUUAUUUAGUUCGGUUAGAUUGUGUUUCUGUGUGUGUGUGUGUUAAAUUAACAACUGCAUAAAUAUUCAUCUAUAACGUCGCCGUGUAAUAGUUUAUUUUGUAAUUUUACUGCCGCCUACUAAUCAUCGAGCUGUCGCAACAUGUCUCUAAACGAGGGCUAUCACAACAGAAUAGAGCCCGGCGCCGCGUCCGCUGGCGACGAUCAGGCCUCGGGCUCCAGCAGCACGCGUGGCAGCAAUGGAAAUGCCGCUGCCGCAGCACAUAGUGCCCAGUUGCAUCAGCAGAUGCUCAGUGAGAACACAUAUCUGAAGCCUUCGAAACAGGCCUAUUUCAGUGACGAGAAGGUGCUCAUACCAGACGAUGAUCGGACCAAUAUCGGUUUCAGUUUUCGCAAGCUGUGGGCCUUCACGGGCCCCGGUUUUCUCAUGUCCAUUGCAUAUCUAGAUCCGGGCAAUAUUGAAUCCGACCUGCAAUCGGGUGCCGCAGCUAAAUAUAAAAUACUCUGGGUACUGUUAUGGGCCACAAUAUUGGGCCUGCUUAUGCAACGCUUGGCUGCAAGGCUGGGCGUUGUCACUGGCCUGCAUCUGGCGGAGAUGUGCUAUAGACAGUACAAGCGUUUGCCACGUUGGAUACUCUGGAUCAUGAUAGAGAUUGCCAUCAUUGGCUCGGACAUGCAGGAGGUCAUAGGCACAGCCAUUGCCAUAUAUCUGCUAUCCAAUAAAGUUGUGCCUUUAUGGGGUGGCGUUCUCAUCACGAUUGUUGAUACAUUUACGUUCCUAUUUCUGGAUAAGUAUGGUUUGCGUAAGCUGGAGUUCCUAUUUGGUUUCCUCAUCACGGUCAUGGCUAUCACAUUUGGCUAUGAGUAUAUUGUCUCCGCGCCUAAUCAAGCUGAUGUGAUGGAAGGCAUGUUUGUGCCUUGGUGCACCGAUUGCAAUUCGGAUGUGCUGCUGCAGGCAGUGGGCGUGGUGGGUGCCGUUAUCAUGCCACACAAUCUCUAUUUGCACUCUGCUUUGGUCAAGUCACGCGACGUGGAUCGUCGCCAGCCAAAGAAAGUGAGCGAAGCGAAUUUCUAUUUCUUUAUUGAGGCCUCCGUAGCGUUGUUUGUCUCCUUUAUCAUCAAUCUCUUUGUUGUGGCGGUCUUCGCGCAUGGCAUGUAUGGCAAGACCAAUCGGGAUGUGCUGGAUGUGUGUGCCAACAAGUCCAUGUACGAGGAUGCCAAGCUGUCGUUUACGGACAAUCACAAUCUGACGGACAUUAUCAAUGCGGACCUGUACAAGGGCGGACUGUUUCUGGGUUGCACAUUUGGUGCCGCGGCCAUGUACAUUUGGGGUGUCGGCAUUUUGGCUGCCGGCCAGAGCUCCACCAUGACGGGCACCUAUGCAGGCCAGUUCUCCAUGGAGGGUUUCCUCAAUCUGCAAUGGCCGCGCUGGUGUCGCGUGCUGGUCACGCGCUGCAUUGCCAUAAUACCCACCUUCUGCCUGGCCAUGUUCAGUAAAAUGGAGGAUCUAACCAAUAUGAAUGAUAUACUUAAUGCGGUCAUGUCGCUGCAGCUGCCAUUUGCAGCGAUACCCACAAUAGCGUUUACAUCGUGCGCGGCCAUAAUGGGCGAAUUUGUGAAUGGAAUCGGAAACAAAAUUGUUUCCAUUUUGCUAACCAUUGUGGUAAUUGGCGUUAAUUUGUAUUUUGUGGUGGCGCAAGUGGAAACGCUGCAAAUUGAAGGCGGCAUGCUGGCACUAGUCUGCAUAUUUGCUGUAUUAUAUAUUCUAUUCGUUAUAUAUCUUGUGAUACAUAUGGCCGCCUGCAUGGGCAACAAGCGUCUGAUGAACAGUCGGUGGGUGCAACGUUUUGUGUUACCAAGCCAGAAUAGUUUUUCGAUAAAGAAUGCCAACUCAACGUAUGCCAGAAUUGCCACCAAUGCCGACACCGACGCAGAUAUCAUGGAUGGUGAGGAUGCGUAGCCAUUACUGUUCUGCACUGAUUCCGAUGGCAGUGAGGAGGUUUGUUUUAGCAGCAACAACAACGAGCUGAGUUGCCACAGUAGCAAUGUGGACAAUGCCAAUGGCCAUGUGGUCAUCAGCUAGCAUUCGGUUCCAGUCUGUUCUAACAAACCGUUACGCAAAGAGCACAGAGUUGUCACCCUAUCCGAAGGCCAUGUCUCAUCACUUAGUUCAUCGCAUCACAAAUCUGGCCCUGGUUUUGUUUGGCAAAUUGUCGCUCUCUCUUUUCAGGCCGAAUACUUGGGAAUUAGUGUAAUAAAUGUUCAUAGCAUAUUUAUUUUACCAUGAUAAACGAAGUAUACCAAAAAAUCGAAAAAAAGGAAAUUCAUAGGAAAAAAUUUCGUAAUAUAUCAUACCAUAAGCAUAACUGCAAAAUGCCUGGGAUAAAAAAUAAACAUGUGGCAUCGAAAGUAGACAUUAGUUCACUGUACUGUAAUUGAUAAUAAUAAUAAUUUGAUGCACACACACAUAUAUUUUAACUAAACAUAUAUAUAUAU